AGUAAGGUCAAGGUCAGCAUACAGCAAAUAUCACUUCCGGGAAACCGUCAACUUGUGGCUCGUCACUCAAGAAGAAAUGUCACCAUCUCCUCCUGACCUGUAACAGGCAGAAACUUAAAAGGUAUUUGAGCAUACAGUCAUUCCACACACAAAAAUGCAAUGAUUUUUGCUAACAUCUUAGCUGACUAAACCUGGGAAGAUGAUUCCCUACAUUGAAACAACUAGUGGUGAGGAUAUGAGGAAGAUCACACAGCUGCUGACAACAGCCAUAGAGACGAGAGAUAUUGAAUCGGCCCUGAAAUAUACUGAAGUUUUAGCCGCUAACAAGAUCAUAUGUACAGUUAAAGUCCAGUCCCUGUCAGGAGAAAUCAAGGAUCAGGAGUUUAGUGUCAAGGUCCAUGUGGAAGAUAAGGAUAACAGUGGUGGAAUUAUCUCCCUUCUUGUCAGACAGGCGGAUACCAUUCUUGACCUGAAGAAUAAGGUAGGUGUAUAAAUAUAUUCUCGUAAUCACAAGCACAGAAAAUAAUUAUAUGAGAACCAGCGUCGCCAGAAGCAGUUGGCACGGCGACAGGAGAACUUUGAGCGCCUCCUGGCAGUAGAGGAGCAGCACCUGGUAGAUAAUACGGAGGAGUUUGACUGUCCUAUCUGUUUUGAUACCAUACAGCCUGGGGAGGGUUUGGUGUUGCGCGAGUGUCUCCACUCAUUCUGCAGGGACUGUCUCCAGGCAGCUGUACAACACAAUGAGGAGCCUGUUAUCCGAUGUCCAUACAUGGAUUCAGAAACUGUCUGUAAUGCCCCACUCCAACAGCGUGAGAUCAAAUCGCUGGUGCCAGUGGAACUGUUUGAGAAGUAUCUCCAGCGAAGUCUGAGUACUGCUGAGAGCCAGGAGAGGAACAGUUUCCAUUGUAAGUCUCCGGAUUGUCCAGGCUGGUGUAUCUAUGAAGAUAUGGUCAACUUUUUCCAGUGUCCAGUAUGUAACCAUGAGAACUGCCUUACAUGUAAGGCCAUCCACACUGGACUAAACUGUAAACAGUACCAGGACGACUUGCAGAUCCGUGCCAAGAAUGACGAGGAUGCGAGGAACACUCAGCAGAUGUUAGAGAACUUGGUGAAGUCUGGUGAUGCAAUGAACUGUCCAGGCUGUAAAGUAAUUGUGCAGAAGAAAGAUGGUUGUGACUGGGUCCGAUGCUCCAUUUGUAAACUGGAGAUAUGCUGGGUGACAAAAGGACCAAGAUGGGGGCCUUUGGGUACUGGAGACAUCAGUGGAGGCUGUGGAUGUCGUAUAGGAGGACGGCGAUGUCAUCCACAGUGUAACAAUUGUCAUUAACUUCAUGUUAUUUAUUUCUACAACAGAAAUUUCAUGUUCAUCAACAUUAAAUUAUCAUUGUCAUUUCUAA